GGACGCAGCUCUGGAAGCUGCAGAGUGUGAAUUCCCGAGGAGGCUCCUCUCCCCUCGCUGCCCCUCGCCUGGCAGGACCGGGCACGGAACUUGAAACACUUCUCUUUUGCCUCCCAUCCGUCCUGCCCUUCCCGUACGACGCCCCCCCCGUUCGGUCGGCCAAGCGGGCGGUGCUGCCGUUCGCCCCCGCGCUCUUGGGUUGACAGAGGAGAGAGGAGGAGGGAAAGUCCGAGUUGAGGCGCCUCGGUAAAUAAUUGAAUGUAUCGAAGAAUUCCAGGUGGUAUGAUCUGACGUGCAUAUAGAAGGAAUGAAGCAUGGAUGUGAAAGAACGCAGACCUUAUUGCUCCCUGACAAAGAGCAGAAGAGACAAGGAAAGGCGUUAUACAAAUUCUUCCACAGAAAAUGAAGAAUGCAGAGUGCCUACUCAGAAGUCCUACAGUUCAAGUGAAACCUUGAAAGCUUUUGAUCAUGAUUCUUCCAGACUGCUUUAUGGAAACCGGGUAAAAGAUUUAGUCCCCAGGGAAUCUGAUGAAUAUACCAGACAAGGACAGAAUUUUACCCUAAGACAGUUAGGAGUUUGUGAACCAGCGACUCGAAGAGGACUGGCAUUUUGUGCUGAAAUGGGGCUUCCCCACAGAGGUUACUCUAUCAGUGCAGGGUCAGAUGCUGACACUGAAAAUGAAGGAGUGAUGUCUCCAGAGCAUGCCAUGAGACUAUGGGGCAGGGGGGUCAAAUCAGGCCGCAGUUCCUGUCUCUCAAGUCGUUCCAAUUCAGCUCUUACUUUAACUGAUACGGAGCAUGAAAACAAGUCCGACAGUGAGAAUGGCACUGCUCAGUCCACCCUAUGUUGGAAUACUGCAUAUCAUGAUGAGGAUCUAAUCCUGAUUGGAGAUACUGAAUCCCACGAAAAUACAAGUCCUCCCAUGCCAUCUUCUUCAUCUAGUCAAUCCGUUAUUGAACAUUUACAUUCCCCUCCUCCAUCUCCAAAUCUCCAUGACAACCAGAGAUGGUUGCUAAGUACUAGUGCUAUCCAGCCAGUUCAGGACUCUGACACUGAUGAGGACUAUACUGCCAGCUCUUACCUAGUACAGACCGGUCCUGUUUCAGUUUUUGCCUCAGGUCAUGAGCAACCUCCAAAUAACCAAGGCCAGUCGACCCUGCAACCUUUGCCACCUUCUCACAAGCAGCAUUCAGCACAGAAUCACCCAUCUAUCACCUCCCUUAACAGAAAUUCACUGACAAAUAGGAGGAACCAGAGUCCGGCCCCGCCGGCUGCUUUGCCCGCCGAGCUGCAAACCACACCCGAGUCGGUCCAGCUGCAGGACAGCUGGGUCCUUGGCAGUAAUGUGCCACUGGAAAGCAGGCAUUUCCUAUUCAAAACAGGAACAGGGACAACACCACUGUUCAGUACUGCAACACCGGGAUACACAAUGGCAUCUGGCUCAGUUUAUUCCCCUCCUACACGACCGCUACCUAGGAACACCUUAUCAAGAAGUGCUUUUAAAUUUAAGAAGUCUUCAAAGUACUGUAGUUGGAAAUGUACAGCACUCUGUGCUGUUGGGGUGUCUGUGCUUCUGGCAAUACUACUAUCUUAUUUUAUAGCAAUGCAUCUAUUUGGCCUCAACUGGCAGUUACAACAGACUGAAAAUGACACGUUUGAAAAUGGAAAAGUGAAUUCUGAUACUGUGCCAACAAACACUGUAUCAUUACCUUCUGGUGAAAAUGGUAAAGUAGGAUUUACACAGGAAAAUAACACUAUAGAUUCUGGAGAACUUGAUAUAGGUCGAAGAGCAACACAAGAUGUUCCUCCUGGGAUCUUCUGGCGGUCACAAGUCUUUAUUGAUCAACCACAGUUUCUAAAAUUCAAUAUCUCCCUUCAGAAAGAUGCUUUGAUUGGAGUAUAUGGCCGAAAAGGUUUACCACCUUCACAUACACAAUAUGAUUUUGUAGAACUUUUGGAUGGGAGCCGAUUGAUUGCAAAGGAGCAGCGUAACCUUCUUGAAACAGAGAGAGCAGGCAGACAGAGAAGAUCUGUUAGCCUUCAUGAAGCAGGGUUCAUUCAGUAUUUGGAUGCUGGGAUCUGGCACCUGGCUUUUUACAACGAUGGAAAAAAUGCAGAGCAAGUGUCUUUUAAUACGAUUGUUAUAGAGUCUGUGGUUGAAUGCCCUCGAAAUUGCCAUGGAAACGGAGAAUGUGUUUCAGGAUCAUGCCAUUGUUUUGCUGGCUUUCUUGGCCCCGAUUGUUCAAGAGCAGCCUGCCCAGUAUUGUGUAGUGGCAAUGGGCAGUACUCCAAAGGACGUUGUUUAUGCUAUAGUGGUUGGAAGGGUACGGAGUGUGAUGUGACUACCACCCAGUGCAUUGACCCUCAAUGUGGAGGUCGUGGGAUUUGUAUUAUGGGCUCUUGUGCCUGCAACUCUGGAUACAAAGGAGAAAACUGUGAAGAAGCUGAUUGUUUAGAUCCAGUCUGUUCAAAUCAUGGUGUAUGUAUCCAUGGAGAAUGUCAUUGUAAUCCAGGUUGGGGCGGUAACAACUGUGAAAUACUGAAGACAAUGUGUCCAGACCAAUGCUCUGGCCAUGGCACGUACCUGCAAGAAAGUGGCACUUGUAAUUGUGAUCCUAAUUGGACUGGUCCUGAUUGCUCUAAUGAAAUCUGCUCCGUUGACUGCGGUGCUCACGGUGUCUGCAUGGGUGGAACAUGUCGAUGUGAAGAAGGUUGGGCUGGAGCAUCUUGUAAUCAAAGAGCAUGCCAUCCUCGGUGUGCUGAACAUGGAACUUGUAAAGAUGGGAAGUGUGAAUGCAGCCAAGGCUGGAAUGGCGAGCACUGCACAAUUGAGGGAUGCCCUGGCCUGUGUAAUAGUAACGGAAGAUGUACUCUUGACCAAAAUGGCUGGCAUUGUGUUUGUCAGCCUGGAUGGAGGGGAGCAGGAUGUGAUGUAGCCAUGGAAACUUUAUGUACUGACAGCAAGGACAAUGAAGGAGAUGGAUUAGUUGACUGCAUGGAUCCUGAUUGCUGUUUGCAGAGUUCCUGCCAAAACCAGCCUUACUGUCGAGGAUUGCCUGACCCACAAGAUAUUAUUAGCCAAAGUCUGCAAUCACCAUCUCAGCAAGCUGCUAAAUCCUUUUAUGAUCGGAUCAGUUUUCUUAUAGGACCAGAAAGCACACAUGUUAUUCCUGGGGAAAGCCCAUUUAAUAAGAGUCUUGCAUCUGUCAUAAGGGGUCAAGUAUUAACAGCAGAUGGAACACCACUAAUUGGAGUCAAUGUCUCCUUUUUACAUUAUCCUGACUUUGGUUAUACAAUCACUCGUCAAGAUGGAAUGUUUGACUUGGUGGCAAAUGGUGGUGCAUCAUUAACUUUAGUGUUUGAACGAUCACCAUUCCUUACUCAGUACCAUACAGUCUGGAUUCCAUGGAACGUCUUCUAUGUCAUGGACACCCUUGUCAUGAAGAAGGAGGAGAAUGACAUUCCUAGCUGUGAUCUGAGUGGAUUUGUGAAACCAAAUCCCGUAAUUGUAUCAUCACCAUUAUCUACCUUGUUCAGGAUCUCUCCCGAAGACAGCCCUAUUAUUCCUGAGACACAGGUGCUCCAUGAAGAAACUGCAAUACCAGGAACUGAUCUGAAAUUGUCAUACUUAAGCUCCCGAGUGGCGGGGUAUAAAUCUGUACUUAAGAUCACAAUGACACAGUCUGUGAUACCAUUUAAUUUAAUGAAAGUUCAUCUCAUGGUGGCAGUAGUGGGAAGACUUUUCCAAAAAUGGUUCCCUGCAUCUCCAAAUUUGGCUUAUACAUUUAUAUGGGAUAAAACUGAUGCAUAUAAUCAAAAGGUCUAUGGUUUAUCUGAAGCUGUUGUAUCUGUUGGCUAUGAGUAUGAAUCUUGUUUGGAUCUAACACUGUGGGAAAAACGGACAGCCAUUCUACAAGGUUAUGAAUUGGAUGCCUCCAACAUGGGUGGAUGGACACUAGACAAACACCAUGUAUUAGAUGUUCAAAAUGGAAUCCUGUAUAAAGGCAAUGGGGAAAAUCAGUUUAUCUCUCAGCAACCACCAGUUGUCAGUAGUAUAAUGGGUAAUGGCCGACGGCGCAGCAUUUCUUGCCCAAGUUGCAAUGGUCAAGCAGAUGGCAAUAAACUCUUAGCUCCAGUUGCCCUAGCUUGUGGGAUUGAUGGAAGCCUUUAUGUAGGAGAUUUCAACUAUGUUCGACGGAUAUUCCCAUCUGGAAAUGUAACAAGUGUACUUGAACUAAGUAGUAAUCCCGCUCAUAGAUACUAUCUUGCAACUGAUCCAGUCACAGGAGAAUUGUAUGUUUCUGAUACAAAUACAAGACGGAUUUAUCGUCCAAAAUCACUUACAGGAGCAAAAGAUCUGACAAAAAAUGCUGAUGUGGUAGCAGGGACUGGAGAACAGUGCCUUCCAUUUGAUGAAGCACGAUGUGGCGAUGGUGGCAAGGCUGUAGAAGCUACUCUGAUGAGUCCUAAAGGAGUGGCAGUAGAUAAAAAUGGAUUAAUCUAUUUUGUUGAUGGGACUAUGAUCAGGAAAGUGGACCAAAAUGGAAUAAUAUCAACAUUACUUGGUUCAAAUGAUCUGACUUCCGCACGACCAUUAACAUGUGACACCAGCAUGCAUAUCAGCCAGGUACGUCUAGAGUGGCCAACAGAUUUAGCUAUCAACCCAAUGGAUAACUCCAUAUAUGUGCUGGAUAACAACGUGGUGCUUCAAAUUACGGAAAAUCGGCAAGUCCGUAUAGCUGCUGGAAGGCCAAUGCACUGCCAGGUUCCUGGAGUGGAAUAUACAGUGGGAAAACAUGCAGUACAAACUACCUUAGAAUCAGCCACAGCUAUUUCUUUAUCUUAUAAUGGGGUGCUUUACAUUACAGAAACAGAUGAAAAAAAGAUAAACAGAAUAAGACAAGUAACAACUGAUGGAGAAAUCUCAUUAGUAGCUGGAAUACCUUCUGAGUGCGACUGCAAAAAUGAUGUUAACUGUGACUGCUAUCAAAAUGGUGAUGGCUAUGCUAAAGAUGCCAAACUCAGUGCCCCUUCUUCCUUAGCUGUAUCACCCGAUGGAACACUGUAUAUUGCAGAUCUUGGAAAUAUUCGAAUAAGAGCUGUAUCAAAAAACAAACCAUUGCUCAAUUCCAUGAACUUUUAUGAAGUUGCCUCUCCAACUGAUCAGGAGCUCUAUAUCUUUGAUGUUAAUGGCACUCAUCAGUACACAAUGAGUUUAGUCACAGGAGACUAUCUGUACAAUUUUAGCUACAGUAAUGACAAUGAUAUAACUGCAGUUACUGAUAGCAAUGGAAAUACCCUUCGUAUUAGGCGUGACCCCAAUCGGAUGCCAGUAAGGGUAGUAUCUCCUGACAAUCAAGUCAUCUGGUUAACCAUAGGAACCAACGGUUGCUUAAAAAAUAUGAUAGCACAAGGACAAGAAUUAGUCUUGUUUACAUAUCAUGGCAACAGUGGACUCCUAGCAACUAGAAGUGAUGAAAUUGGAUGGACAACAUUUUUUGACUAUGACAGUGAAGGCAGAUUGACCAAUGUCACAUUUCCAACUGGAGUGGUCACUAAUCUACAUGGAGAAAUGGAAAGGGCUAUUACUGUAGACAUUGAAUCAUCUAGCAGAGAAGAUGAUGUCAGCAUCACUUCAAAUCUAUCCUCAAUUGAUUCUUUCUAUACAAUGGUCCAAGAUCAGUUAAGAAAUAGCUACCAGAUUGGAUAUGAUGGGUCUCUCAGAAUCAUCUAUGCCAGUGGCCUGGAUACACACUACCAAACAGAACCACAUGUUUUAGCAGGUACAGCCAAUCCAACUGUAGCAAAAAGAAAUAUGACUCUUCCUGGAGAAAAUGGACAGAAUUUAGUGGAAUGGAGAUUUCGAAAAGAACAAGCACAAGGCAAAGUGAAUGUGUUUGGCCGUAAGCUCAGAGUUAAUGGUAGGAACCUCCUUUCAGUUGACUUUGAUCGGACUUCAAAGACAGAGAAGAUUUAUGAUGAUCACCGUAAAUUUCUACUGAGAAUCGCCUAUGAUACUUCAGGACAUCCAACUCUCUGGUUCCCAAGCAGCAAGCUUAUGGCUGUCAAUGUUACCUAUUCAUCUACAGGUCAAAUUGGUAGCAUUCAACGAGGCACCACUAGUGAAAAAGUAGAAUAUGAUGGGCAGGGAAGGAUUGUAUCCAGAGUAUUUGCUGAUGGUAAAACAUGGAGUUACACGUAUCUUGAAAAGUCAAUGGUUCUCUUACUGCAUAGCCAACGGCAGUAUAUCUUUGAAUAUGACUUACUGGAUCGGCUUUCUGCAAUAACCAUGCCCAGUGUAGCUCGCCACACUAUGCAGACUAUCCGUUCUAUUGGCUACUAUCGGAACAUCUACAAUCCUCCAGAAAGCAAUGCCUCUGUCAUCAUGGACUAUAAUGAAGAAGGACAACUGUUACAAACUGCUUUCUUGGGCACAAGCCGGAGAGUCUUGUUCAAAUACCGAAGGCAGACUAGGCUUUCUGAAAUUCUGUAUGAUAGCACAAGAGUGAGUUUUACUUAUGAUGAGACAGCAGGAGUUCUGAAAACAGUAAAUCUCCAGAGUGAUGGCUUUAUUUGCACCAUUAGAUACAGGCAAAUUGGUCCAUUGAUUGACAGGCAGAUUUUCCGCUUUAGUGAAGAUGGAAUGGUAAAUGCCCGAUUUGACUACAGCUAUGACAAUAGCUUCAGAGUGACUAGCAUGCAAGGUGUUAUCAAUGAAACUCCAUUGCCUAUUGAUCUUUAUCAGUUUGAUGACAUAUCUGGAAAAGUUGAGCAGUUUGGAAAAUUUGGGGUUAUUUAUUAUGAUAUUAAUCAGAUAAUUUCAACAGCUGUAAUGACUUACACAAAACACUUCGAUGCUCAUGGUCGCAUAAAAGAAAUUCAGUAUGAAAUAUUCCGUUCACUUAUGUACUGGAUUACAAUUCAGUAUGACAACAUGGGCCGAGUAACUAAAAGAGAAAUUAAAAUUGGCCCAUUUGCUAACACUACCAAGUAUGGUUAUGAAUAUGAUGUUGAUGGCCAGCUACAGACAGUUUACCUUAAUGAGAAAAUAAUGUGGCGCUACAACUAUGAUUUGAAUGGCAAUCUCCACUUGUUGAAUCCAAGUAAUAGCGCUCGAUUGACACCACUGCGAUACGAUCUGAGGGACAGAAUCACUCGACUUGGUGAUGUUCAAUACCGGUUAGAUGAAGAUGGAUUUCUGCGACAAAGGGGCACUGAGAUAUUUGAAUACAGUUCAAAGGGCCUUCUUACCAGAGUUUAUAGCAAAGGCAGUGGAUGGACAGUGAUAUAUCGUUAUGAUGGACUUGGAAGACGUGUUUCCAGUAAAACCAGUCUGGGACAGCAUCUUCAAUUUUUUUAUGCAGAUCUCAUAUAUCCAACAAGAAUAACUCACGUGUAUAAUCACUCAAGCUCUGAAAUCACUUCUCUCUAUUAUGACUUGCAAGGACAUUUAUUCGCCAUGGAGAUUAGUAGCGGAGAUGAGUUCUACAUCGCCUCAGACAAUACUGGAACCCCGUUGGCUGUUUUCAGUAGUAAUGGACUAAUGCUGAAGCAGAUUCAGUACACUGCCUAUGGCGAAAUCUAUUUUGAUUCUAACCUUGAUUUCCAACUGGUGAUAGGAUUUCAUGGAGGUCUUUAUGACCCACUAACCAAAUUAAUUCAUUUUGGUCAAAGAGAUUAUGACAUAUUGGCAGGCCGUUGGACUACACCUGAUAUUGAAAUUUGGAAAAAAAUAGGGAAAGAUCCAGCUCCUUUUAACCUGUACAUGUUUAGAAACAACAAUCCAGCCAGCAGAAUACAUGAUGUGAAAGAUUAUAUCACAGAUGUUAACAGUUGGCUGGUGACAUUUGGUUUUCAUCUACACAAUGCAAUUCCAGGUUUCCCCGUGCCUAAAUUUGAUUUAACUGAACCCUCCUAUGAACUUGUGAAGAGUCAGCAAUGGGAUGAUGUACCGCCAAUUUCUGGAGUGCAACAAGAAGUGGCAAGGGAAGCAAAGGCUUUCCUAUCCCUAGGAAAGAUGGCAGAAGUCCAGAUCAGCAAACGCAGACCUGGUAGUGCGAAAUCCUGGUUGUGGUUUGCAACUGUGAAAUCUUUGAUUGGAAAAGGAGUAAUGCUUGCUGUCAAUCAAGGCAAAGUACAGACCAAUGUGCUUAACAUUGCAAAUGAGGAUUGUAUCAAAGUGGCAGCUGUUCUAAAUAGUGCAUACUACCUGGAAAACCUGCACUUCACUGUUGAGGGAAAGGACACGCAUUAUUUCAUUAAAACCACUUCACCUGAGAGUGACCUGGGCACGCUGAGAUUGACGAGUGGCCGGAAGGCACUGGAGAAUGGCAUCAAUGUCACAGUUUCCCAGUCCACCACUGUAGUGAAUGGCAGGACUCGUAGGUUUGCUGAUGUUGAAAUGCAGUACGGCGCACUGGCUCUUCAUGUCCGCUAUGGCAUGACACUUGAUGAGGAGAAGGCACGGAUAUUAGAACAGGCUAGGCAAAGGGCUCUCUCCAAUGCCUGGGCCAGAGAACAGCAACGAGUGAGAGAUGGAGAGGAAGGGGCCAGGCUAUGGACAGAAGGGGAAAAGAGGCAACUUUUGAGUGCUGGAAAAGUUCAAGGAUAUGAUGGGUACUAUGUACUCUCUGUUGAGCAAUACCCCGAAUUAGCUGACAGUGCUAACAAUAUACAGUUUCUUAGGCAAAGUGAGAUUGGAAAGAGGUAACACAUUGGUUGAUCUUGGCCUGCCAAAGAGACGGACCCUGUGCCAGUGUCUUCUAAGAGGGGAGACCAAAUAGUUUGCUGCAUUAUUACUUGAGCCUAAAUAUACAUCUUUGCUCAGAUUUUUCUGUAGCACAAUCUGAAUGGACUCUACAACAAAGGGAGAGCCUUCCAGAAGAAUGAUAAUAUUAAAAACUGGAGUUGUGUUUUUUCUGAAUGACCUUAAAGGUGAUCUGCUUUAAAGAAUAUGUUUACAUAUGCAUAUCGCUGCACUCAAGUUGGACUGAAAAUACUAAAAAGAAAGAUCUAAAGAGUUUCCAACUGGCUGAUUAUUCCAGUAAUUAAGAAAGAAAGCGAUAACAGUGUUUCCAAAUAUUACUAAAUUGUUGACUUUUGCUUACAAGAAUUAGUCUUUUUUCCUCCUCUUCUUUCUCCCCCUUCCUCCUCCUCUUUUCUCCUUCUCACUCCCUUUCUCUGCCUAGGAUGUGGUAUAUAAUCUCUGUUCAUGUUAAGAGGGGAACAAGACUCUUUGUGUAUGGACACCCCAAUGGCUUUAACAGUGCUGCUUUUUGAAAGGACACUGGCACAAGCAAUUUAUUCUACAAUCAAAAUUUGGUAAUGGAUUUUACGGUGAUCAUGGGGUUUACCUUGGGGAAAAUGGCAAAUAGAAUUCUUGUCACAGAGAAGCAAAGGAAGCUUGAUUUUUUUGUAAAUUAUGUGAGACAAGUUGUUUAUGGAUUUUUAUAUGAAUUACAAUUUACUGUACAUCAAAUAUUAGUCUCAGAGGAGUUAAUUUAUGUAAAGUGUUUAAAAAAGUUUAUACUUAAAUAAAAUAAUAAAAAUAUGCAGUGUGUGAAUUUUUUAAAAGAAUUGCACAUUUUAUUAUGUUAUAGCUGUACAGUAUUAAGAGUUAUAAUGUAGAGAUAUAACAGUGUACAACAGUUGAAUAGAAGUGUUAAUAUUUUUGUAUUAACUUUAACAUGGUGUGUUUUUCUCUUUGGAUUACUUCUGAGAAAGGAUGGAGAAAUCACAGACUAGAAGGAAACGGAGUUGCCGCUCUUUUUCCUUCCUCUCUCUCUCUCUCUCCCCCUCUCUCCCUCCCUCUCUUUCUCGCCCUGGCAAACAUGGUUUCAUCAGUCGCUGCUAAAAAGAAGGAAGAACAAUUCAGCAAGACUCAUUUGUUAUCAUAAAAGACUUUUGUAGGCUGGACAUGCCUUGUUCUCUUUCAGAGCUCAAGGUGUAAUUAUUCUUUUUACAGCUUUCUAAUGUGUGCGGUUUUUUAAAAAAACAUGGAAUGUAAAGCUUUGUUAUGUCAUAAAAGGAACAUUUCCAUACUUCCUUACUGGAGUAAAUUUUAAAGGAGUAAAUUCCUUUGUGGGAUUUAUUUUUGAUGAAUAAAUUUAGGACUGCAAUCUCAGAUAUUUAGUGGUUUAUGAAGACAAGUUGAUGCUGUUCUAAACAUACAGGAUUGGUUCUCACAAUAUGCUUAGCUGGGUCAGCUGGAAGUCAAUUAUAUCAUGGAAAUACUAUAUCUGGUGAACCAUGUGGGAAUUUAUAAACAUGGGGAUGAUUAGCUCUUUUGUCUUCUGAGGAUUAGGCAUCAUCCCAUAGAAGCCUCAUAAAACAGGGUUUUUUAGGUAGUUUCUAUGGAUGUUUUCAUAAAUGCAUUCCUUAGACACGGGAGAAUGAAAAACAAGCCAAAAAAUGGGCAGAAAAUAAGUAAGAAUCUGCCCAUGAUGACACCAUGACAUCAUUAUGGGGGUGGGUUUCUUACAUUUUUAGUCCAACUUGCAAAGGACAGGAAAAAGAAACAGGGCUACCAGCCAUCCUGAUUGUUGCCAAUGUGUGCUGGUGAGAGAGCAAUAACAGAGUUGCUUGUGUCUGGGAACUUGUCAAUCUUUGAUUUGUUUAGUUUUGGUUUUCUGUGUGUAUGAAAAAGAUAUACUUAAUUUUCUUCUGGAAGAAAGAAAAAAAAUAGAAUUCUAUCUGGGGAUGUUAAAAAAAAUCCAAGAAAUUGAUAAUUUUAGGAUAGUAUCUAAUCAGCAUUUGUGGGAAUCAUAAUGUUUAAGACUUGCCUAUAAAGACACGUGUUGGGCUUGAGAUGUGGUCAUAGAAGAAUUUAAUGUAAACCAUAUAUAAUUUUCUUAAACCAGAUUAUAUAGUAUCAGAUCUCUCCUGUUGAAUACCUGAAAACAGCAACCAAAAGGAAUAUUUCUGGAUAGUUUCUAAAUAUUUCUCCAUCAUUGAUAAAAUCCAGAAUGAAACAUAAUUUUCAUGCCAAAUGCCAGCCUCGCACAGAGUUGAUCCAGCACUUUCUUAUUAACAAAUCAGACAAAAUACCUGUCUCAAGAAGUUUAACAUACCUUUUCACAUUUUUCUAGUUAGUUUGUUAGUGCAGAAGUUUGUGUAAAAACUUGAAAUGCUCAGCUUCCAUU